CGCCUCGCGGAGCACCGCGCCCGCCCCGGAGCUGCCCCGCAACGGCGGUGCUACGCCCGGGCGGCCGUCGCUGAGCAGCAGCGGAGAGUUCUACGACCUCGCCUUCAAGGUGAUGCUGGUGGGCGACUCAGGGGUCGGCAAAACCUGCCUGCUGGUGCGCUUCAAGGACGGCGCCUUCCUGGCAGGCAGCUUCAUCUCCACCGUGGGGAUUGACUUCAGGAACAAGGUGCUGACUGUGGACGGGGUGAAGGUGAAGCUGCAGAUCUGGGACACGGCCGGCCAGGAGCGCUUCCGCAGUGUCACACACGCGUAUUAUCGGGAUGCCCACGCCCUGCUCCUGCUAUACGAUGUCACCAACAAGGCAUCCUUUGACAACAUCCAGGCAUGGCUGACAGAGAUUCACGAAUACGCGCAGCAGGACGUGGUCCUCAUGUUACUGGGAAACAAGGUGGAUUCAGCCCAGGACAGAGUGGUGAAAAGAGAAGAUGGAGAAAAACUGGCUAAGGAGUAUGGGGUGCCCUUCAUGGAGACCAGCGCCAAAAGCGGCCUCAAUGUGGAAUUAGCGUUCACAGCCAUCGCAAAAGAACUGAAACACAGGUCCAUGAAGCUGCCCAACGAGCCCAAAUUCAAGCUCCACGACUACGUGAAGAAGGAAGUGAGAGGCUCCGGCUGCUGCAGGUUCUGAUGUGCUCGGUGCAUUUGUACAGAGACUCACGCCACGUGUUCGUGCGCCGCGCUCUCUCCUCGUGGACAGUGUGUGCAUGUCUGUCUUGUGUCUGUAUCUGCGUAAAAGGUGAGCUGAGACGCGGGGGGUGAAACCAGCAGCAGCUCCUCGGGCCGGCGCCAGGCUGGCCGUGCUGCAGCACAGCCGCUCCCUGAGCCCCGCAGCACCCACUGCCCUGCAGGUGCUCAGUCCCUGCAGGGAAGCAGCACCUCUCCCUCCUGACUGCUCCGCUCCUGCCUUGCCCAGAGCCACUUCCCAGUGCAGCUGCGGCUCCUUCUGGAGCGAUGGGUUCCUGCACCUGCUCAGCAGUGACAGCGCUGAGCCCCGAGUGUCUUCGGAUGCGUUAGUGUUAGCAGUGAUGAUGUGGGGGAGUGCCUUCUCCCCACCAAACAUCUGGGCAGGAAAAAUCCUGAAUUCCCUUUUCCCAGAUUCCUGGAAUUCAGCUGUUCAGAUUCUUGGCCUGGGGCAUGCGGGAACGCUUUGUUUUCAAGGCAACCAUCUUUGUAGCUGCUUACUUCUGUCUGUCAGUCCUUCCCGUGUUGUAACAUACCUCCUCGAUGAAGAUUUCUCCUCUUCCCCGCAGAAGACAAGAGCUUAGAUGUCUGUUUGUUUGAGUGAGCUCCUGCAAACACACCUGUCGUACAGAAAUCUCCUGACUGUUUAUCUGUUCGGUAAAGGCUUUGGUUCUCUUACUACAGCCAUUUCUAGUACUUUAAUGAGAAGAAAGCUAAUGUUCUGCAGCUUAUUCUAAAUGCCUUUAUGUCAGUGUGAUUGCAUUUUUAGACUGCAACAAUGCUUUGUUAUCUCCAAAGUUCUCUUGGGACAGCUCUUUCUUCUAACAGAAGAAAGAUGAGGAGUGCUGUAGGCAUUGAUUGUACAGAUCUAAGACUUUUCUGCCAGCUCUCUUCAAUGGACUCCUCACCCCUUUUGUCUGUGCCAAGCAUUUGGCUUUUGCUUUUUUCCAAGUUGCACUUCCAAGUACAAAUUUGGAUUACAUGUUUGGCCUUUGGCAGUUUUCUUAUUCAGCAAUUCCACAUGCACUGACACCAGGUGCCCGCUGCAUUGAGCCUCCCUGCACUGCCCUAAAUGGACCACUUAAGUCAACACACCCUCCAACACACCAGCUUUCUCAGCAGUGAGUGCAGCAGCUGCCCCUCAUUGUGCCAGCUCGAGCUGCAGCAGUAUUCCCAAAGGGCACAAGGACCCUCAGCACAGGAGUCAGGCAGGCAGUGACAGCAGAGACCCCUCGGAGCUGCAGUAAAAUAGGCAGCGUGCAGAACUACUGCUGAAAUGGGUCCAGCACAAUAAUAGCACAGAGCCCAAAAUAAACCUUUUCAUAAAUAGCUUUUUAGGGAGAAAUGUCUUUCAGUUUUAUUAUUUUUGUUAAAAACCUGUUCCUGGGGGAAUGUUUGCAGCGUGCAGCCUCCUGCCACUGUGCAUCCCCAGGCAGCGCCUGCUCCCUGCUCGCAGCCAGCAUGGAGGACCUGGGGAACAGCAGCCAGGGCUUCCAGUUUAUCAGCCCUCCUGUCACUCCUUCCCUGCCUGGUCUGGCCUCAGCAGAGUCAGCCUCCUCUCUUGCCUCCAAGCACCCCUGCAGCUGCCCUGCAUGUUGACCAGGCACUAUCAAGAAGUGAGUGGAAACCUGUCCAACAGUUUUGUGCUGCUUUGUUGAGCUUUGGUGUGCUCCUGCGGCUGCAACCUGAUCAGUUCCUUACAUGAAGCUGCUUAACAGCUUCCUCCGUUCUCAUUCUGUGCUGUAGCACAUGCCUGCUAGCUGAGGUUAAAAAAAAACAAGUGGAACUUUCUGCAGCCCCCGACCUUGCUGAGGGAAGACUUUAGUAUCCCAGCUGUGCAGCUCCUGGGGAUCUCUCUGGAGGCACAGAACAGCAGCAGCAGAUAGGCAGCUCCAACACCCAGAUCUGUUCCCAAGCCCGCCUUUGGUAUUCUAUGUUCUCAGAAUAAUCUUAGCAGCGUAACAGCAGCUCCUGCCCCAGUGCUGCCAGUCCCUGCAGACACUCCCCUCUUCUCCAGGCAGGAAAGCCUUGCAUCUUAGCAUCUUGAAGAAAAAGCUGGCAGUUAUUGAUUUGGUUCUUUAGAGUGGGACCAAAAGCAAUCUAAAAAAAAUACCUUUAAUAGGGGAGAUGCAAAUACUACUCCUCGAAUAUACCUACCAGGACCUAAGCAAUGCAGCAGAAACAUCACAGCUGCAUGUACGCAAUUUCCUUACACACCUACACUUCAGUGAGGCUCAGCUCCCAGCUCCACCCUGCCACAAACUCCCCAGUGCUGCACACACCUCGCUGCUGAAGCCCUUCCUCAGAUUCAGCCAUUUUUUACAUGGGCUUUUACUGCCACCAAGCGAUGGAGGAUUGCUCAGUGCACCCACACAGGCCCCAGGACGCGGCCUCACUCGCACUUCUCAUUUGUGCUGGCUCUCGUUUACAGCUUUUGUUUCACUCCCGUUAAUAAAUUUUUUUAAUAACC